AUGCUACCACAUUUAGAGGUCCCCAAUACUCCUUGCAACUCCAUUUCUAUGGACUUUUUCGUUAGUUUGCCAGAAUCUGAAGCCUAUACCCGUAUCGCGUUUAUUGUUGAACGCUUUACAAAAAUCACCUACUUCAUACCUCUCAAGACCGAGGCAACAAUCAAGGAACUUUCAUUGGAAAGCAAGUUCUGGUAUUCAUUGAUGAAGCUUCUCGGAGUCAACCUCUGUCUGUCUACGGCAUAUCGUCCUCAAGCUGACGGGCAAACUGAGAGGGUCAAUCAAAUGCUGGAGCAAUAUUUAAGAAACUAUUGCUCCUACCAGCAGGACAAUUGGGCAGGGUUACUCCCGCUUGCAGAGUAUGCCUACAACACGGCAACCCAACAGUCAACUAAAGUAUCUCAGUCCUAUGCGAACUAUGGGUUCGAGCCUGAUUCCAAUUGGAAUUCGCGCAGAAGGAAGCUGGACAAUGUCAACGUUUCCAGCGCCACCCGGCAGAAGAAAUGGUAUGACCAGAAGCAUAUGAAAGCUCCAGAACCUGAAGAUGGGGAUAAAGUGAUGAUGGACCGACGCAAUAUGGUUGCCAAUACACCCUCAAGCAAGCUUGACUACAAGACACUAUGUCUCUUUGAGGUUGAUGAGAAACUUGUUGUUGCGUUCUACAGGCUGAAGCUUCCCUCUCAAUGGAACAUUCAUUAUGACUUCCAAAUAUUUCUGCUGGAGUCCUAUCGGGGACUGAAAUACCCUCAAAGCACUGAAGUCACUCCUACUCCAGAUGAGGUCGAAGGAGAAUACAGUCACGUUCUCCAAGAAAUAGCUAAUAGCCGAUGGCAACAGGCUGGGCAUUAG